AAAUACCAUACCUAGUAGCUACAGAAUAUGUCAACUUUUAAAAACUCCUGUUAGCUUCUUGACACUUCAUUCUUUACAUUAACUUGAAAAUAUAGGCAUUAAUUAUUCGUUUUUAAGGAAAAGUACUAACAAGAACUUCGCUUGAAAUGGAUAUCAUCUUAAAGAGAUCUCGUAUAUAUUUUUUGCUUUGGUUUGUACAUGUUACAGAGUCAUUUUAUCUACCUGGUCUUGCUCCUGUUUCAUUUUGCAAGGAUGAUAAAAGUAAUGACAAAUGCAAGAACGAUCUAAUGAUUUAUGUCAACCGGCUUGAUUCUGUGGAGAACAUUAUUCCAUACGAGUAUACCAGUUUUGAUUUUUGUACUGAUGAAGACACAGAUCCAUCACCCUCUGAGAAUCUUGGGCAGGUUGUGUUUGGUGAAAGAAUCCGCCCAUCUCCUUAUAAGUUUAAAUUUGGUGAAGAUAAAAAAUGUGUACAUGCUUGCAAAAAGAGUUAUAAAAAAGGUGAUGCAGAUUCGUUGAAGAAGUUAGAAUUCUUAAAAAAAGGAAUAAGUGAAAAUUAUCAGCACCACUGGAUUAUAGACAAUAUGCCCAUUACCUGGUGCUACGAUGUGGCGGACUCCCCCAAAAAGUAUUGUGCCACAGGUUUUCCUAUUGGAUGCUGGGUCACCAAACAGGGACAAAUUAAAGAUGCUUGUGUGAUCAGUAAUAAAUACACUGAAGCAGACACCUAUUAUGUGUUUAACCAUGUGGAUAUCACGAUUGAGUAUCACGAUGGCCAAGGUGAACAAUGGAACGGCGCACGACUACUGUCAGCUAAAAUUGUACCCUCAAGCAUAAAUCACAAAGUAAAUGAAGACACUGUUGACUGCACAGUUGUAGAAGCCAAAGGCUUGAAAGGACAAGAUGAUGCUGCAGUUGAUAUACAUUACACUUACUCUGUCAAAUUUGUGAAUUCUCAAAAUAAGAAAUGGGCUUCUCGUUGGGAUUAUAUUCUAGAAUCCAUGCCUCACACCCGAAUUCAUUGGUUCAGUAUCAUGAAUUCUCUUGUCAUUGUAUUGUUUUUGUCUGGAAUGAUUGGUAUGAUUUUGCUCCGAACUUUGCAUCGUGACAUUUCUCGAUACAAUCAACUCAUUGACUCUGGUGAAGAAGCUCAAGAAGAAUUUGGAUGGAAGUUGGUACAUGGUGAUGUCUUUCGACCACCAAGAGCUGGAAUGUUUCUUUCUGUUUGUGUUGGUAUGGGAACACAAAUUGGAAUUAUGAUCUUUGUGACUCUUGGGUUUGCUUGUUUGGGUUUCUUAUCACCUGCUAACCGAGGUGCUCUGAUGACAUGCGUAUUGGUACUGUUUGUUUGUUUGGCUUCUGUGGGUGGCUAUUUUUCUGCAAGAAUAUACAAAUUGGUUGGUGGGGAACGCUGGAAAAGUAAUGUUAUCUUCACAUCAUUCUUGUUCCCUGGGUUGGUGUUUGGUAUAUUUUUUAUCUUGAAUUUGGCAUUAUGGACUAAGCAAUCCUCUGCUGCCAUACCUUUCUCAACCUUGGUGGCAUUGCUUGCUUUAUGGUUUGGUGUCUCAGUUCCACUAACAUUCUUAGGAGCGUACUUUGGAUUUAAAAAACCGGCAAUUGAAGUACCUGUCCGAACAAAUCAAAUACCAAGACAAGUCCCUGAACAGAGCAUUUAUACAAAGCCACUUCCCUGCAUUGUGAUGGGUGGUAUCUUACCAUUUGGUUGCAUUUUUAUUCAAUUGUUUUUCAUCUUAAACAGCAUAUGGUCUCAUCAAAUCUACUAUAUGUUCGGCUUCUUGUUUCUGGUGUACAUAAUUUUGUUAAUUACCUGUUCGGAGACAACUGUUUUGCUUUGUUACUUCCACCUGUGUGCGGAGGACUACAGAUGGUGGUGGCGAUCGUUCUUGACCAGCGGUUUUACCGGCGUUUACUUAUUUAUUUAUUCUAUCCAUUAUUUCGCCACUAAAUUGACCAUCACUGGCCAUACUAGUACCUUCUUGUAUUUUGGAUACACAUUCAUAAUGGUGUUGCUCUUCUCUCUACUCACAGGUACCAUUGGUUUCUUGGCUUGCUUCUAUUUUGUUUACAAAAUAUACGGUGCCGUAAAAGUGGACUAACGCCAGUAAAAAACUUAUCAAGCUAAUUAAGAAGUGUUUGGCGAAUCGAGGCAAAUUGUGUUAUUAUUUAUUUCGAGAUAAGUGUACAUGUAGUUAAUACUAUUGAAUUGGACGCUGUGUUUUAACUUUGAAGAAGACUCGAAUUUCUUUUUAUUCAUUAUUAAUUAUUCAUUAUUAACGUUAUUGAAUUUUUUAUCUUAUUCUGUUUUAUUUUUUCAACGUCAUAAUUUUCUCUAUCAAGCUUAGAAUUAACAAGUCUUCAAUUUAAGUGAGAGUUGGGGAUAAGUGUAACCCCCCCCUACCCUUUAAUAACUUUAACAGGUGUUUUUUUAGGUACCUUACACGCUUUUUUUAUAAGAAUAUGCUUUACAAGAAUAUCAGGCCGAGAUUUCAGGUUAAAAACAAUAGAGAAAUAAGAAUUAUGACCAGCCUGGUGAAAAUUUUGAUGUCCUUAUAAAAAAAGUGUGUAUUGGCUUUCUUACCUAAAUUAACGACAACGAUGUCCAAAAUCAUGUCAAUAUUCUUGCUUCUCUACACCAUUCCUUUAGCAUAUUACCCCGGGUUGAUUUUUUAUAAAGUUUGAAACUGGAGAGGACUCAUUGUCUUUUAUUUUAAAUGUUAGUAUAUUAUGCGUGUAUUUAUUCAGCACUCGUUUAUUUGUGGUGUCGAGUUCAAACUUUUUCAAAAGAUUCUCUGUUAUGUUUUACCAAUAACAAGCUUUUCUUGUUUGGUAGUUGGACUUCAGUGGAUAAAUGAAUCAGGAUACAACAUCUCUUGUGAAUGAAAAAAGCUUCAGCACAUUUUGUAAAAUUGAAAUUUCAAAACAUUUUGUCCGAUGAGCAUAAGGUUAUUUUUUUUUUAGAAGUUGAUGUUCUGCGUGUAUCAUUUUUUGUUUAGCACUUUUUAAUAAAAUGUAUUUUGUUAAUCGUUUACUAUGUAUUCCACACGAAAAAAUAGUUUAUUUUGUUAGUUUAUUAAAA